AUGUCUCAACCACCAUCUUCAUCACCAGCUAUCCGCGUCACGGAAGCGGCAACCAUCUUCCUGUCAACCCUCGGGGCGGGCAGCAACCUGGCACUCUCCAUCCUCGUCGUGCCGCGCCUCCUCGAGUCCCCCACACCCCUGAUGCUGCGCCAGUGGAAAAACAGCUACAGACUGACGAGGGUGAUCUACCCUUCUCUGGCCAGCGUCACCGGCCUGUCAUAUAUCUUCCUGUCCUAUCACCACCACCGGUCCGCCGCCCUCACCAAGGCCAAGGCCUACCUUGGCGCCGGCCUGCUCUGCCUCAGCAUCAUGCCGUAUACGGCGGCUUUCGUUCUCCCGACCAACUGGAAGAUCUUGCGCAAGGUUGAGGAGAUGAGGGACUUGAAAGGCGUCGAGGGAGUUGAGGUUGAGGAGCAAGGCGAGGAGAGCGCGAAGUGGCUGGUGGAUCACUGGGGCAUGUUGAACCUCCCCAGAGGCAUCGUCACGGCCCUUGCUGGGAUACUAGGGCUCGCUGCCAUAGUGUGA